AUACGAAAGGGAGGGGGCGUGUAUUGACGAGCGUCACGUAAUAUAAAAUGGGGGAAAGGGUCUUAGUGUUACAAAACGUCACAUGGAAGAUAAGAAGGAUAUUUAUAAAAUGCCAAAUGUUACGUAAUAAUUGUUGCACGGCCCUGUACUACAUCUUCAUUCCUCUCACUCUCUCAUUUCGCUUUCCUGGCUACCUGUGAUGCUCCAAUGCGUGCUUUGUUAUCUCUCGGCUAUUUCUACCACUGCAGUCGCCGUCCACCGUUUGUAUUUACCUAUAUAUCAGUGCAAGUCCGCGUACUUGAGGUAGGUCAAAGACUUGACAGUCGUAGUCGGAGCGGUGUUGACUGUGUACCCUGGCUAAACUCCGGCAGGCACGACGUGCACGUUGUUGACAGGUUGUGUCCACACAUGUAGCAGGACGGUGUGACCGACGUGACCGUAUCACAGCAACGUCAACACAAUGGAGUGGCGGGAACUGGAGCGGGCUAUAGCAGACGACAAGGAAGGGAGGCUGGAGAACUGGCACGCCACCUACAUCAUCUGGCUCACCUUGUCGCUGGUGGCCAUCGGAAUCCACCUCUUCUACAUCGUGCUCAUCCUGGCCAAGAAAUGUCUGCGGACCCAGGUGAAGAACCUUCUCGUAGUGAGCGUCUGCCUGACCAAUCUGUUGAUGGGCGGCUUCAUCAUGCCGACGGUGAUCCACCUGAUCCUCGAGACCCCCGAGGAGAACUGCAACCUGAGGAUGGCCGUGCGGGCCUUUAAUGACUUCCUCCAGAUCCACCUGAACAUCAUGACGUGUCUCGCUCUGUGUCUGGAGAGAUUCGCCUUCAUCCUGCAACGUCCUCCACCUUUCAAGUUCUUUCAGAUCGUCCUGUCAGUCGUCCUGCUGGUGGUGCCGUGGGUCCUAGGAUGCAUCAUCAUCAUCCCUCUGUUCUUUGGAGGCUACGUCAAGGGAGACCCCGAAAUGGGCUGCGUGAUCGAAGUGAACUUGAUGUAUGUGCUAGUCGCCCACGUGUUCAGCUAUCCCAUUCCAGCUAUCAUUCUCUUCGUCGUCGCUACGCUUGUGGGACAUUUCGGAUGCAAGAUACGCGAAAACGCACUCAUUGGCCACAACUGCAAACUGCAACCGAUUUACCUUCGAAAUGAAGCAAUCAGAAUUGUGACUCUUGUUAGUGUGUUCGCCAUUUUACCGGAAGUGCCGUACUUCGUGAUUGCAAUGCUGAAGUACACGUCGGAAUGCAACGAUACGUACUGUUUGGAUUUUUUCUAUGGACUCAAGAUCGCUGUGUGGUUGCGAGCAGCCAAGAUUCUUGCUUUCCCCUUCAUUUGGCUGACGUACCACGACAUUAGAGGUGCGAUCAUGUGUCGACCGGAAACCUCCGAUGAUAGUACUUCCGGGAUAGAAUGUGACCCGGAUGACGCUGGUUCUAUUUCCAGACAAGACACUAUGCUUUUGAGACGCGCAUGAAAAUUAAAAUGAAAAAAACACAAAAAACAAACAAAUUUAAACAAAAAUAAUAAUAAUAAACAUUAUUUCAAACACACACGCACGCACGCACGCAACCACGCACGCACACAAAUACCAGGCGCGUGUGCAGGAAUUUUUGUUAGGCUAGGGGUAUAGACUGUGGCGAGUGAAGUUUAUAGUGGGGGUUGAGUUAUGCUCUCCCGGAAAAUACAUUGAAAAACAAUAGAAAAAUAAUUGCUUUCAAGAGCAGGCAGGGGUUUUGACCCCCGAAACCCGCCCCCUGCACACGCGCCUCAAACACCUGACCCCUACAACCAACAAAUAAAAAAAAAAAACAAUAAAAAAAAACAUUAAAAAAAACAACAACAACAAAAACCAGUCAUCGUACUAAGUCUUGUAUAUAUUUGUACUUGUGUGAGCCUGUGAUCAAAAUCAUACCAUGCUUAAUUAAAUGUAAUAAAAUUCGUGCAUGUC